CAUGACCAGAUUCACUGCAAUGACACAACUGACCUGAAGGCUUCUCCACAUGCCACAGCCACAAUGGUAUACUUUUUGUACUGGAAACAGUUAUUAGUAAAGGUUCUAACUUGUGAGUUAAGCUUUGCCCCUUUUCUUUUCCUGUUUUAAGUGUUUGAAACAUUAACCUUCUUUAUCACCAAGGAACACUUUCAACCUCAAAUGUAGUCCAGUACCCAAGUAGGUAGGUAUAGGAUUGCAUUCUAAGUAAUACACUCACAUAUACAGUACUAACUAUAAAUUACUACACCAUAUUCUUUAAUCCUAACCAGAUAGCAACUAUGCCAUCUAAAACUCUGGUGUCAGUCGCCUUAUUCCUUUCCUGAAAAAACAAUGGCAAAUAUGAGAUUAAGUGUGGCAUAAGCUUUAAUCAACUAGACCUUUCCCCCGCCUUUUUGUUAAAGAUCUGCAGUUAUCUUCCGUUGGCAAAUAUAUUUGUAAACAGUGGGCUUAAACUCCGGAAGACACUGGACGGUUGCGCAGAAAUGUCGCAAGUCACUUGCCAAGUCGCAGGAUCUCAUUUUGGGCAUGCUCGGGAGCUGCUGUUGAUCAUUAAAUUAUCUUUUUCAUUACGCUCUAGAACUGCGAACGCUGAUGCUCGGUCAGGGACUGGCGCUGAGCCACGCCCGCCGCCCCCGCUGGGCCGCGCACGCUGCCGGGCGCUGAGGCAGGCCGGGAGCGCCGGGAUGCUCGUUUGCGAUUGGCUGGCUGCAGCGCGGGCGAGCCGAAAGGCCGCAAGGGCGGAGCUGUGCGUUACGCGCGGGAUUCGCGGCCAGCGCUCGUGAUGGGCUCUGUCGUCCCUGGUUAUUCCCCGGGCUUCAAGAAGCCCCCCGAGACGUUGCGGCUGAAGAGGAAGCGGUCCUGGAAGAGCGUGGCGGCCUCCAUCUCUGCGGAGUCUCCCGCGGCCACAGCCCAGCAGGAUGCCACGCUCUCCCCGCGGCCCUACCCGGGCAGUCGUAGGCGCAAUCCCUUCUCAAGCAUGGAGAACACCCCUCGGCCUCCACCGGCGCCCAGGCCGGCGCAUUCUCCCGUCGGGAAAGCAGCGGGCGCGGAGUGGCUAGUAAGCGGGAGCGACGCUCGCCGAUCUCCCAGCCGACAGUUGGUAAAUGGUCUUCAGGAAGACAGAUCUGUCUGGAAAGAAGAGUUUUCUGAAACAACAGCUGUUGGCUCAUUUAUUAAUGACCCACAUCUGGCCCCUCCCAGUACUGAUGUUUCUUCCUCACCAAGUUAUGAAUUUCCUGUGGACUGGAGUAUUAAAACUCGCCUUCUAUUCACGUCUUCUCAAAACUUUGCAUGGGCAGAUCACCUAAAAGCACAAGAAGAAUCUCAAGGAUAUAUCCAGCAUUGCAGAGCAGCAGUAAUAAAUUUGCCUCAGAGUAUUCCGGAACCAAAGCUCUCCACAGAACUUCGAUGUGCUUUCCAGCAAAGCCUUGUUUAUUGGCUACAUCCUUUUCUACCAUGGCUACAACUGUUCCCUCGUAUUGGAGCAGAUAGAAAAAUGGCAGGAAAAAAUAAUAUGUGGUCCUGUGAUGAUGCACUCCAACAAAUCCUCAUGCGUGAAUGGUCUCUCAGUUUUACAUCACUUUAUAAUCUGCUCAGAGCCAAACUGUGUCCCUAUUUCUAUGUUUGCACUUACCAGUUCACUGUGCUAUUCCGUGCAGCAGGUUUUGCUGGAAGUGAUACAAUCACAGCAUUAAUUUCUCCCACAACCAGAGGCUUAAGAGAAGCUAUGAAAAGUGAAGGUAUUGAAUUUUAUUUACCGUUUCAAGAAGUUAGAAAAAGAACAUGCAAUGUUGUGGCAUCCCACUUAGAAACAGGACUUCCUGACCAUUAUGAAACAACAGACAAAAAUGUUGAGAAUAAAGAGGGGCAAGGGAUGAGUGGUGGUGGUGACAAUGACGACGACGACGACGACGGAUUUUCAUGGUUGGAAGAGAUGGGAGUUCAGGACAAAAUUAAAAAGCCAGAGACAAUUUCUAUCAAACUUUCUAAAGAAAGAAAUGAGAUAAAAAUGGAUCACAAGCCUCAGUCGGUUGUGUUAGUGAAGGGAUCCAAUACCUUCACUUUGCUAAACUUCCUAAUAAAUUGCAAGAGUUUGGUGGCUUCUGUGGGCCCUCAGGCUGGCAUCCCUCCAACAUUGCUAUCCCCAGUUUGUUUUAGAGGUGCAACUAUGCAGACACUCAAGGCCCGAACCAUAAAUGCAAGAACACAAAUCAGCACACAUUACAAGGAUAUAUUUACUUUGGAGAUCACAGGCCCUGUCAUGCCUCAUUCUCUACAUUCUUUGUCCAUGGUGCUAAAAUCUGCUCAGAAGGGAUCUUUUUCUGCUGUGUGUUAUACAAAUGAACCAACAGCUGUGUUCAACAUAGAUAUUAGCAAUGGUCAGAACAUAAAGGAGGAAUCAAUCAGGAAAGACCUUUGCAACUAUGGAUUGCACCCAAACACUUUGGAUCAACUCAGACUUUAUUCAACAUUAGGAAAGUCUUCAAUAAAGCAUCUAGAAAUGAAUGAUUAUUUCUAUACAUGGAAAAGCUAAGCAAGAACUACGAAUUGCUGUAUGUGUUCCUUAAAACAUUUGUUGCUAUUAUGCCCAUACAAAAUGGCUCAUGAGGAAGAAUAUCUUAAUGUACGAACUUUAAAUUCAGCUCAGGUUAACUUUCAUUACCUGAAAACUGCUCAUUCCUGAAUGCCACUAAGGACCACCAUCCUGCCUGCUGCUGCCAAAAAUUGUGUGGCAUGGUGGCAGAACAUGGAAGCCUCCAGGGACCCAAUUUUGCUUUUAAAAUAUAUAGGCUGCCUGUGCACCUUGUUUUUAGGUAAAAUUGCUGAGGUUUGUGCAAAGUCAGUAGGAGCCUCUCUCACCUUUCUCCUAAAACAGCUGUUUAUUUUUCAGAUUUGUAACCUCUUCUUUGUAUAGUUUUAAAUUAAACUUUACAACUAAGAAA